CAAAAAAAAAUCCAGAAUCCAGCCUUGGACUCACUUAAAAAUGCGUGCGGCCAAUGCAGUAAUGUGAUCUUGGCUGCACGUACUAUGUGUGGCCAAUAUGAAUUUCCAUCAAUUUCUAUGCUGGUCGCACGGAAAUAUGUGAAUUACAUCAGCCUUAAAAAAAUUGAGUAAUGAAGGUAAGACAGUUUAAAAAGAAUUUAAAUUCCCAAAUUUCUAAAAUACAUCAAAAGAGCUAAAAUAUAUGACAAUUUCCCAAUUAAAUUGUUGACGGUUUAAGUUGUUACGAAAUAUAAUAGUUGAUGUAAACUCUGACUAGUUAGCAAGGUGACUAUUUCAAAUUAAGGUAACUAGACACAGCUGCAGGGAGUUUUUUACUAUUGAUUUUACUCUUAAACAAUAAUAGCUGUUAGACUUGUUUAAUCUCUAACACAAAUUCAGCACACAACAUGGUGUGUGACACAUGUCCUCGUAUUGUUCUAAUCAUUGGUUGUGUGUCAACAGUGUCCUCGUAUUGUCUUAAUCAUUGGUUGUGUGUCAACAGUGUCCUCGUAUUGUCCUAAUCAUUGGUUGUGUGUCAACAGUGUCCUCGUAUUGUCAACAUUUGAAAGACUUUCGUGUGUAUAAUUUGAUGUCCUCAUACGGUCCAACUCAUUAGCCGUGUGUUAAUCUGUGAUGACAUAGUUUAGGAAGAUGUACUCUACUGUGAUAACACUUUUCACAUCGUUCUGGUAUUAUGAAUUUCAAUGCUGCUUAAACUUAGAUUUACAUUAUAGUAUUCAUUUUACAUUUUAUUUUGUCUUUUGCUACAGACAUCAAGUGUGGAGGACUUGACUCCAUCGUCAGGAGAAGCACAAAUGACCGGGACAUGUACAUCUUCUCUCCAACAGACAUCAAGUGUGGAGGACUUGACUCCAUCGUCAGGAGAAGCACAAAUGACAGAGACAUGUACAUCUUCUCUCCAACAGACAUCAAGUGUGGAGGACUUGACUCCAUCAUCAGGAGAAGCACAAAUGACCGGGACAUGUACAUCUUCUCUCCAACAGAUAUCUGAUGAUGAGUUCUCAGACAACACAGUUUAUGAAGAUAUCGACUAUGUUCCGGACUCAACUGGCUAUUCUUCAGACACAAGUGUUCAUAACCAGGUUGUCACAACUGACGACGAUUCUGAUGAAGAAACGAUCGCUGACCUACACCAUCAGGAAGGUUCAAGUACUGAGACUUCUGGGGAUCCAAGCUUAACCCCUGACUCAACCACAUUGAGCAACAUGGAGCCCACUUUAGAUCCAGUCAUGUUGGACUGCUUGGAGUCCACUUCCAGAAAAACCAGCACUGAAUCAACUGAUUCCCAGCAGAACACCGCACCUAAAGCCAGUACAGCUUCUUUAAAGUUCUCCAAUAAAAAGAAAGCUGGAAAGGGGAGAAGCAAGUGGAGAGAUGAGGAAGUAACUGCAGUUGAACGACACCUGUUACCGUUCAUCACUGAUUUCAAGGUACCAGGUAAACGGGACUGUGAGGCGUGCCUCCAGGCAGAGCCAGUAGCUCUAAAGGACAGAGACUGGGCUGCUGUCAAAUUCUACAUUUACAACAGAGUGGUGGCAUUAAAAAGAAGAUUGAACAAAUAGAACUGUAAAAUUGUGACAGAAAUUCUGAGGUGCAAUUUUAUUUUUGAUGGACAUUUUAAUGUAUUUUUUUUAUAUUGUAGUUUAAGUUAUACAAUUGUUUGUUGUAAUUAAAAAACAAAAGACAAAGUCUAAAAGUAUUCUGCUUUCUUUCUUCAUGCAUGCUGUCUGCAAAAUUCAUAAUUAACCCUUGGGUUUAACUUGAUAUUUAAAUAUAUCUUCCUAAAAGUCCUUCAGGAGCUCAGAUUUAUUUAAUUGGGGAUUACACGAUGAUCUGAUUUAUAUCAACAGAUACAUGAGUGAUGGAUGUGGUGAUUAUAUGGUUUUAUGCAGACAUUUUGCAAAAAACAAAGUUGCAAAUACUGACACUAUGUUUAUCAGGUCUUUAUAAGUCACAUAAAUGUCAAAUUAUUGUGUGUACAAUUGGUUUCAUAAUUCACAUAAACAUGAAAUAACUGUGUGAAUGAUUAAGGCACUCAUAUGUCACAUAAACAAGACGAUGUCCCCAUAAGUAGCAGUUAUUUCAUGUUUGAA